AUCCCGGGUGGAUUCCUUGCAGUUAAAUAGAGGAGCUGCCAGCAGUGCAUUGCAACUUCUGCAUUUUCUCCUGGGACAGCAGCAGCCUUACAGCACGCCCUGCUCUGCCAUCUGAGCACAGCACGGUGUGAUUGCAAAGAGAAGCAGCAGGAUGGUGUGGCUGCUCGUGAGCUGAUGCCUCAAGAGGGGAGAGGUGUCAUUUCUAGCUGAAUAAUGAGUGUUGGGAAAUACAGCUUUCUGCAAGCUCACAGACCAGCGGGAGCUGGGAGAAUCCACUUUAAACCCUUUCUCUAUUUGUAGAGAAAUCAGUGACAGGACAUGGUGCCAGCAGAUGGCAGUGCUUGUUAGCAGUUCCACUCGUGGCAAGAGAAGUAGGAUUUUACUCAAAAUGCAAAAGUUUUUAUUUGCAUUGCCUGGAACUGUGCUAGUUCCAACACGUGGGUGAGGCGGUGGUGCAGCUCAAAAUGGGAGAAUUAUCACCAGAUAGUGACCACUCUGGAAGACCCUUCCUCUGGGUGGGUAGGUGAGCUGCAUUGGAUAAAUAUGGGGGGGAUGUGACAAGAAAGGCUUUUCCUGACGUUGCCCACAUCAUAUCAGCUUUGCAGAGACUCUGUUCCUUUAUGGCUGCUGGCAGGACUGCCCUUUGCAGCACCAAGAUUCAUUCUGUGUCUUAUAAAGAGGUGAAAUAAGCAGAGUUGUGCUCCUAUGAAGCAUAUCCUUAUUGCUGUAUGGAAGCAGGAUGCAGCAACUCCUGGAAGGGAACGUUGUAAUUCUCAUGGCGACUGACUCCUGUGUUCUGUGAGUUAAUGCUUGGUUAGUUUAACUCUUUAUUAAAAAAUAUAUAUAUAUCACCAACAGCCACAACUGUUCACCUCAAACCAAAAUUUUAUGAGGAUCCUUCAUGUAUCAUAGGCACAUUCCUGAAAGGUAAAAUACGUGCUAAUGGGAGAACAAAGAGUGUUGCUAAUGAUUGUGAGCAGGCAGAAGAUCUAACGUAGGGAGACUCCAUUCCCAUACAGUAGGAUCAAAAUAGAAAUUUAUUUUAUAGAUGAUGCAUAAUUUUGAAGACGUUGAUUAUUGUUUCACAGCAGAAAAUGGAAACAAAUGCUGUCAGUUUCCAGUGCUACUGACACAUCCUUGUGUCACCAUGUGAUUUUGACAAGCUCUCUAUUCUGGCCCAGAAAACCUUCUGAGAAAGCACUUCUGAUGGGCUGUAAUGCAUGUGGCUCCUGAAAGAGGGAAUGAGGGAGGAGUGGAGGAUGAGAAGUAAGGAACAGAGCAGCAAAGCCUGAAGGCAACCUGCACUCGGGAGGCAGAUCUUACAUAUGCAGCUGGCCUGACAUUUGCUUUUCAGAAGAGGAAAUAUUUAUGAAGCUAGGGAGACAGUGUGGUAUUAUCAAUGAUAACAAGAAAGAAAAAAGCAUGUGUGCUCCCUGCUAAAUGCGCGGCUUCUGCAUCCUUCCCGUUCUGUUUUACGGCAAUCACUGAAUCUCAGGGCUUGGAAGGGACCUCUGGAGAUCAUCCAGUCCAGCCGCUGCUAAAGCAGGUUCCCUGCAGCAGGUUGCACGGGACCACCUUCGGUGUGUGUGAUUUAAAACAAUGGGUUUUCUUCUUUUCCCCACCCACUGGAAAGGGAAAAGGGGAAGAAAAGAAAACUCGCUCAGUAAUGCAGGAAAAAAGAAGCUGGGCACUGGGAGAGCAGAGAAGCAGGCGGCUGGGUGGAAAAGUAAGCCCGGGGCUCGGGGAAUUGGCGAGGAGGGCGAUGAGCACGCGGUGAUGGGCAGCGCAGCGCCUCGCCUUUUCCCAGGCACCGAAACCGCUCCAUCCCCCCUAUGCAAGGCAGCACUAAACCCCUCCCUCCGCGUCCCCUCCCGCCGCCUCUCCCUUCCCCUUUCCUGCUCGUUGCAAGGGAUGCUGCUCUUCUCCCUGCCCCGGGGGAGCUGCGUGCCGCCAGGACGUCAUUCCGGUCGGGAGGAGCUCCCCGUGUCAGCCCGACAGCGAGAGAGCCCAGCGCCCAGGGACGGGGGUGUACGAUUGUAACCGUGCGGUGCCACGUAAAUGUUUUGUGAUGCCGGGCAGAGGGAGGGAAGGAGGAGACGGCUCCGGGAUCAGAAGAGCACCGCAGCUUGUUGGUGAUGGCAUGGAUCGGCCGCUCCCCCAGCAGCUGCCUCUCGGUGCGGUCACCGCCCGGCGUCCCCGAAGUGCCGCGGCACGAGACUGAUGCGGAGCUGCUCUCAGCAACCCAGCCAUGGCCAGAGAUUCUAGGAUCUUCAUGAACCAGGACAUGGACAUCGGAGUUGCAUCCAGAGAGCCUAAGAAGAUUCCCAAGCAGGCUCGGGAUGACGUUCCCAUUGCCACCGACCGAACCCGGCUCAUAACAGCAGAAGGUAAGAAGCCACGGCAGCGAUACAUGGAGAAAAGUGGCAAGUGCAACGUGCACCAUGGGAACGUCCAAGAAACCUACAGAUACCUGAGUGACCUCUUCACUACGCUGGUGGACCUCAAAUGGCGUUUCAAUCUUCUUGUCUUCACUCUGGUCUAUACCAUCACUUGGUUGUUUUUUGGGUUCAUAUGGUGGCUCAUCGCCUAUAUCCGGGGAGACCUGGACCAUCUUGAAGAUGAAAACUGGAUCCCUUGUGUUGAAAAUCUCAGUGGAUUUGUUUCUGCGUUUCUCUUUUCUAUUGAAACUGAGACUACAAUUGGGUAUGGCUACAGGGUUAUAACAGAGAAGUGCCCGGAGGGCAUUGUGCUGCUCCUGAUCCAGGCUAUUCUGGGCUCCAUUGUCAACGCGUUCAUGGUGGGAUGCAUGUUUGUCAAGAUCAGCCAACCAAAGAAGAGAGCUGAAACCCUCAUGUUUUCUAACAAUGCAGUGAUUUCCAUGAGGGAUGAGAAGCUCUGUCUCAUGUUUCGUGUUGGAGACCUCCGCAAUUCGCACAUUGUCGAGGCUUCCAUCAGAGCCAAACUGAUUAAGUCCAAACAGACCAAAGAGGGAGAGUUCAUCCCCUUGAACCAAACAGACAUCAAUGUGGGGUUUGACACUGGAGAUGACAGAUUGUUCCUGGUGUCACCUCUUAUCAUCUCACAUGAAAUCAAUGAGAAAAGCCCCUUCUGGGAGAUGUCCCGCACCCAGCUGGAGAAGGAAGAGUUUGAGAUUGUGGUCAUUCUGGAAGGAAUGGUGGAAGCAACAGGGAUGACUUGCCAGGCUCGCAGCUCCUACAUGGACACAGAGGUGCUGUGGGGACAUCGCUUCACUCCCGUCCUCACCCUGGAGAAGGAUUUUUACGAAGUUGACUACAACAGCUUCCACAGCACUUACGAAACCAACACUCCUGUGUGCUGUGCCAAAGAGCUGGCUGAGUCCCGCAGGGAAGGCCAGCUCCUCAGCAGCAUCUCCAGUGCCACUGUCCUGGGUGGAGGGAGAGAAGCAGAGACGGCGAGAGGGGACGAAGAGGAAGAGGAAGAAGACAGGGAGCCAGCAGCAUUCAGUGGAGCCAAUGGAACAGCGGGAGAGGUGAAAGAAAAUCUGCCUGUAUAACACGUGAGCUGCUGGGCAGUCAAAACCCACACACAAAGCAAGAGAGGAAUUGACUGCGAGUCAGAGACCUGAGGUUUAUAUCCAGAUCUCUGCUGCUUGAUCUUGGCAAGUCACUGCACAGCACCGUGCCUCAGUUUCCCUCCCCUUUUAACUGUAUGGUGAGGUUCUGAGCUUUGCACUCAUUUGCAAAGCAUUUGGAUCUCUGUGGACAAGGCUCACUAAAUGCAAUCACAGUUACAAUUGAAACCCCCACCAGUAGUUGUUUCAAAAAAUGUUCAUUGGACAUUCAAAACCUAUCUCCCCUUGCAAGGGUAUUUACAAAGGUAAAGAUCUAGAAGCUCCCAUCUCAGUAUGAAGAAUGUGUUUUCAUGCCUUCACUUAACUUGUGAGUGGAUGUGUUGUAGAUAUUGUUACUGCUUAAAUAAAAGAAAACCAAAAAACCUCUCUUGUACAUCUUGGAGUUUUUGUUUCGUGACUUUUGCGAAUAGAGCUUAGUUGGUGCUCUGCUCC